UGCAUACCCAAUUUGUAAAAUGUGAACACGAACGCGAAAUGUAGGAAUUUCAAUUUAGUAUUAAUAUUAAUUAUAAUGUAAUUUAUCAUAAAAAUUGGGAUAAUUUAUUCUAAAUUUCAUUUUUAGUAGUGUUGCAAAAAUAAUGUACCUAUAUUAUAUUUCUAGUUUAAAAACAGAUAGUUUAUUUGUCUUUUCAAUCAUUUACAAUUAUUUAUGUGAGAAUGUAUAAAUUUAAAGUUUCAAACAGUUGAAAGUAUGAGUGUUACGAGAUAUUCUUAGACUAAAAGGACCGGUUGUAAUUAUGGUCGUAGCAUCCAAAGAAGUCGUCACUGUGGCUUUGUUGUGCUGUGUAUGGUACGUAGUAAGCUCCGGUAGCAAUGUAGUUGGCAAGACGCUUUUAAACCAAUUCCCAUAUCCAAUGACCGUGACCAUGGUGCAGCUCCUGUCCAUAGCUGUUUAUUCGGGUCCGUUUUUCAACUUAUGGGGCGUUAGACGAUUCGUUGACAUAAGUUGGCCCUAUUAUUUUAAGCUUAUAGUGCCACUUGCUCUUGGGAAGUUUGUUGGAUCAGUUUUCACACAUGUCAGUCUAUGGAAAGUACCAGUUUCCUAUACACACACAAUAAAAGCUACCAUGCCACUGUUUAGUGUUAUAUUGUCAAGAAUAAUAUUAGGAGAAAAACAAUGUUUAAAAGUAUAUUUGUCAUUAGUACCCAUAAUUGCUGGAGUUGCCAUCGCAUCUUUCACAGAGAUAUCUUUUGAUGUAAUAGGACUGAUGAGUGCUUUGGCAGCUACAUUGCAACACACAUUGCAAAAUAUAUUUUCUAAAAAAGUACUUCAUGACACUGGUAUUCACCAUUUACGCCUGUUACAUAUACUAGGUCGUCUAGCAUUGAUGAUGUUCCUACCCGUGUGGCUUUAUUUCGAUUUUUGGCAUCUAGUGACAGUUUCAAAUUUUAAAAUGAAUAAUGAAUCGUACAAAGUAUUAGGUUUGCUGUUUACUGAUGGUAUACUUAGUUGGUUACAAAAUAUAUUGGCAUUUAGUGUUAUGUCAAUGGUUACAUCUUUAACAUAUGCCGUAGCCAGUUCAUCAAAACGAAUAUUUGUAGUGGCUGCAUCUUUAUUUGUGAUUGGAAAUCCAGUUACCAUUAAUAAUGUUUGUGGUAUGGCAUUGGCUCUGUUUGGUGUUAUUGCGUACAAUAAGGCUAAAUAUGAUGCCAGACGAACAGAUCAGAAACGUGUAAUAUUGCCAAUGACAUACCAACACACAAACAAUUCUACAUUUUGGCAAAAUGGUACCGGAAAUUCCAGUUAUGUUAACGGAAAUAAAUCAUUAUUUGUCUAAUUUUAUAAUGUGACAGCUUCCAUACAAUUAUAAAAAAUUUAAAAUUUAACAAAAAAGUUGUUAAAUAUAUAUAUAUUUAUGUAUUUUUAUUUUGUUAAUGUUUUCGAUUAUAAUAUAAUAUACUUAUUGUAUUAUUUUAUUUUUUAUGAUUGUAUUGAUUUUUGAGUAUUUUUUAUUAAAAUAGUUAUGUUAAAAAUAUUAGUUCUUUAAAAAUGUUAAAUGGAUAAUAUUGUAACAUAUGUUUUGUACAUAAUUAUUAUUUUAUGUUAUAAAAAUUGAUUUAAAUUAUAUUCUAUUAUUUUUAUAUUACAAAAGUUGGUCAUCAGGUCAUCUUGUCUAAUUACUUGAAUAAGUUCAUUUAAAAUUAAAUUAUUUUAGUUAUUUGUUUUACUAUUAACAGUCAACAAAAACUAAAUACAUUCAUGUAAAAAUAAAUUCCAUUGUAUAUUAUGAUUUUUUUUAAAGUGUUACAUUUAGACCUUAUUUAUAUUUUGUAAAGACUGUUUAUUUUUUUGUGUUGCAUAAUGUCAUAAUAUUAGUUAUUCUUUUUGAUUUAUCGUUAUUUAUGUUAAUUAUUGAAAUAUUUUUGAAAGCAUGGCCAAUUAAAUUUAAUAGUUAAUUUUAUAUAUUGAUAAAUGGUCUUUUUAAUCUUUAUUGUAUAGUUUUUUUUAUUAUCUAUGAAAGAUGUAACUAAUGAUCAUUAGCUUACUGACAGGGGAUUAUGUAUGUUGUUAUCUCCAAUUGAGAUUAUAUUAUAUUUUAUUUUAAAAGUAGUAUAAUAAGAAUAUUUUUGUUAAAAUAAAAAUAUAAAAUAGUUAUUUUUAUAAA